GUGAGGAAGGAAGACUGAGUUUCAGAGAUCCACCCCAGCGAAACUGACACACUAUGAACAUAUACAGCACAGAUGUAAUGUUUAGCCACUUUCUUAGCUCAGAAAAAAUAAAGGUGUGUGUCAUGACCUGAGUAUUUAAACACUAGCUCCUACAGCAGCAUCAAACAGGUACCACAGCGACUUCACUACAUAAACACCUCAGCACAGAGAAACACUUGAUCUCUGCAUUAGAAUGAGUGCAAUGGAAACUGAGAAAGUGCAGAGUGAGCAGGUGAAUACUAGUGAAGUGAGGAUCGUGCUGGUGGGAAAGACUGGAGUGGGGAAGAGUGCUGCAGGAAACACUAUCCUGGGAGAAGAAGCAUUCAGAUCUGACUUGUCCAGCUCAUCUGUGAGCUCAGACUCUGAAAAAGUCAAAGGGAAAAUAAAUGGCAGAAAGAUUGCUGUAAUAGAUACACCAGGCCUUUUUGACACUGGCAUUUCAAAUGAUGAAAAUGCAAAAAGGAUCAAGACAUGCGUAUUCCUCUCUGCACCGGGCCCGCAUGUGUUUUUGGUGGUUAUCCAACUGGGAAGAUUCACAAAAGAAGAGGAAGCCACAUUGGAAAUAAUCAAGAGUAUCUUUGGUGAUGAUUCCCUACAGUACAUCAUGGUGCUCUUCACACACGGAGAAAGACUGGAAAAAAGUAAGAAGACUAUUCAUGAAUUCGUUAGAAAUACUCCUCAACUGAUUAACUUUAUUCAGACCACCAGUGGACGAUAUCACGUAUUUAACAACGAAGUCAAGGACCCAAUGCAGGUUAACAUGCUGCUGGAACAGAUAGAGCAGCUGAUUACAAGAAAUGGCGGACAUCACUACACAAAUGAAAUGCUUCAGAUGGCUGAAAAAGCAAUUCAAGAGGAGCAGUUAAGGAUUCAAAGAGAAACUCAAAUGGAUGCUGAGCAAGCAAGAGAGAAAGCAGAAAGAAGCAAUAUGUACAUGAAAACUGCUGCUGGUGUUGGAGUAGCUACUGUAGCUGCAGGUCUCGCUACUGCUGCAGCACUCCGAGGACAAUGCACAAUACAGUAAUAUAUCAUUACGGAUCCCAUCUGAAAUUAAGUAGACUGGACAAGGAUUAUUGACUUUAAAAUGUAAGGACUUCUAGUUGCAAGGUGUUUAAUAACAAUAGAGGAUAAUGUAUAAUGGGGAAGUUUUUGAAUUGGGGCUCCCUUCAUGAUUCCUAUAAUCAUUUGAAAUCUAAAAUAAUCAGGGAAAAGGAUAGGGAGGGUGACAGUAAAUUUUAUAAAAGAUCUCAAAAUUAGAUAUCUUCAUUUCCUAUAUUGCAUGCAGCCCUACACUGAGUUACAGUUGUAAUGUAAUGGAAAAGAGUGUAUUUUUUCUUUGUUAUAUUCAUUUACAAAAACAAUAAAACAAUGCAUGAAGUAAAACAUGACAAUCUG